GCUGGGAGAGGGAGUGGUCGUGGAUCUGGGAGAGGUGGAGGAGGUAGUGGUGGUGGCGGAGAUAGUGCUCGCAGUGGCGCCUCGUCCAGUGGGGGAAGCAGCGGUCGCAGCGGUGGAACUAACAACGACAGUCGUGGUGCAGGCCGAGGGCGAGGAGGACGUGGCCGCAUCUCUUUCGAACCCCCCAACUGGACGACGGAGCCCAUCCCGACCUACACAAAGGCCGACCGCACUCUCGGUGGCGUUGACGAAUGGGCCAACUAUCCCUUCACCUGCAAGGAGAACGUCGUCCUGCAAACCUAGAAAGGUCCGGAAGCCUCCCUUUUCACAGAAAAAAUUCCCAUCUCCGUAAACCACUUCCCCCUCGAGAACUUUACCUUUCCGAAGAACAUUUACCACUAUGAAGUCACCAUGGAACGGGUUAAACGUGACGACGGCGGUUCUUCAAAAGCUCGUGGAAAAAAAGGUGGUGGUGGCAGUGGUGGCGGCGGUCCUUUACCACCUCGUCGCCUCCCCAAACCCAUCCCGCAACUCGUCCUGACCGUCCUGCUUAAACGUCUCCGAAAGAAUACGGGCCACUUCGGCAUCGUGUCCGACCUUUCGAACAAUAUCUAUUCGACGGAACCCCUUGAACAGUUUAACGUCGUGGGGGUUCACUCCGUCCGCAUGGCGGAGGUGGAUCAGACCAUUCUUCAAGAAGAUGACGACGGCGAGAUCAAAGUCACCAUUACGUCGACCGGACAGCAAAUUGAUACCCGCCAAAUGCAAUGGGAGCUCAACACGAAGGGAACAUGGCGCGGAUUUGAGUUGGAAACUAGCAUAAAAACGACCCUGGAACAGGUUAACAAUGCCAUCGUGAAGAGUCUUCCGACCUAUAAAUUCAUUCCGUUGGGGAGGUCGAAUUUGAUUCGGUGGCCAGAGAAUCAAGGCACGGGCGACCUGGGUGGCGGGGUGGUUUGCUGGAAAGGGAUAAGUGCCAAUGUAGCGAUGGGGUGGCAGCCUUAUCUGAGCGCCGACUUAUCCCACUGCGCCUUCCUGGCAGACACGAAGGUGAUGGACGCACUCAAAGAGAAGAUAAGGGACUUGCCGAAUGAUGUGACUCAGUGGAAACCGUGGCAGUUUCAAGAGGCAAAAUCCUUCUUGAAAAAUGUCAAGAUCAGGUACAAAGUGAAUGGGAAGACCAUUGGAGGACCGGUGACGGAGCUUUUGCCAAGAUCCGUGUCCCAAGAGACGUUCCACUGGGAGGAGAAGGGUUUCACCACCUCGGUCUACGACUACUUCACGAAACAUCAUGGGAUUAAACUGAAUAAAAACGGGCCUUGUUUGGAAUUACGGAAACGAUGCAAAGUUCCCGCCGAGUUGUGCAUUAUCAAGAAGGGACAGUCUUUUAGUCGCAAGUUGGACGACAAGCAAACCAGCAAUAUGCUGAACGUGGCCAAAAAAGCGCCUGCCGUCUUGAAGUGCGAAAUUGAGGAGGAGAUAAGCAAUUUGCCCACACAAGAUAAUAAGGAAAUCAUGUCCGCCUGGGGCAUGAAUAUUGGAAAUGAAAUGUUAUUCUUGAAAAACACGAGAGUAUUGGCUGCGCCACAGUUACGUUACGGGCCAGGGAAUGGGUCCAAUUCUGGCAAAGGUGACGCCAUCAUAACUCCGAAGGAGGGUCAGUGGGACCCUUGGAGCGGUGAGUAUGCGUUCCUCAACUCUAAAACGGUCAAUGUCUGGACUAUCGUCAAGGUUGGCGGGGCAGGCGACAAAUUCGCACCGAAUGAUGACGAUAUUUUGCAAUUUGCUCAACAAUUACGAAACAACGGGAAUCGCAAAGGCAUCUCUUUCAAGACCCGACCGAUCCGAGAUGACGGCAAGAUGGCCCAUCUGCGCCCUAACGAUGCUGCAGCCUCCAAUGUGACACAGCUUGUCGAAUUGUUUGAAAACUUGGCGACACAAAAUUGCGACCUUGUCGUGAGCAUCAUUCCGAGGAAGAAUUCACCCCUGUACUCGCACAUCAAGCAGGCCGCCGAGCUCCACGUGGGACUCUUGACGCAGUGUGUGGUGGGUCAAAACGUGACGAAAGGUCAGGACGCCACCGUGCAGAAUAUCCUGCUCAAGAUCAACAGCAAGUUGGGUGGUGUAAAUUAUGCCAUGCAAAUCCCACCGGAUAUCGAAGUUUUGAACCAGAUUGAUAUCAUGCGAUGUCCCAUGUUGAUCAUGGGCGCGGAUGUGACCCAUCCACCACCAGGGUCGAUGAAAAAGAUCCAAAUCGGCAAGGGUAAAACGGAAGACGUCGCAGUCCCGAGUUUCGUCGGUGUCACGGGGUCCAUUGACAUGACCGGAAUGCCGUUUAUGAUGGAUAUCCGCGCUCAGCGCAAGGCUGACCGCGGCGCGGCUGAAGUCAUCCAAGAUUUGGACAAGAUCGUGCUCGACAUGUUGAUAAUGUUUAGGCGCCAAACUAAGGGAAUUCGACCCAGGAAGAUAAUUUAUUACCGGGAUGGCGUCGGAGAGGGGCAGUUUCCCGAGGUUUUACACACCGAAAUGCUUGCCAUGCGGAAGGCUUGCAAUUCAUUGACCGAUUACGACGGGAGUCCCUACCAACCAAAAAUUACAUUCGUCACGGUUCAAAAGCGGCACAAGACUCGCUUCUUCUACCAUUCGCCGCGCGGCAUAGUUAAUCCGCCUCCGGGAACUGUCGUCGACAAAGAAAUCGUCCACCAGACGCAAACUGAUUUUUACUUAUGUUCUCACGCUGGGAUGAUGGGGACCAGUCGACCCACGCGGUACCACGUUUUAUGGGACGACUCAAAUUUCACUGCCGACGAGAUUCAACACCUCACGUAUUAUUUGUGUUAUAUGUACGUCCGAUGCAAUAAGAGCGUCCGCAUUCCUGCCCCCACUUAUUACGCUCACUGGGCCGCUGCUCGUGCUAAGGCCCUCACGGACGGGAUGGAAGAAUACUUUGGGAAUUUGCCGAAAUUGAAUGAACGCAUGCGUCGUCACGAGGAAAUUCUGAAGAACAAUCCAAUGCACUUCGUCUAACCCGAAAUAGAGCGUCAACCUAUAUAAUUACAAUUCUCUACCUCUCUAAAUUUUUUUAUGAAAUGUUACUAACCUUCUGUGGAGGUGAUUUAAUGUAUAUUCAUUAAUAAUAAUUGUAUCUGUUAUUAUUAGCAGUUAAGUAAUUAAAAAAUUAUAAUUAAUUACAAUUAUAAUAUAAAUGUUACAAAUAAUAUACAUA